CUUUGGUCGUUUGUUAUUGUUUUGAUUGGAAACAUAAAAUUAACUGUUGUCUUCAUCAUCUCUUUAAAUUGGUCAUUAAAGUGAUUUGAUUCAAUUUUUUUCUAAUUAAAAUUGAUUUCCUCUUAUUCGAUUCACUUUGCAUUUGAUUGAUUUCUUCCAAGAAAACACCAACAUGAGUACCACUGAAUCACCCAAAAGUUUGGAGAAAUGUCUUCAGGGUUGGAGAUGUGUUCUUGUUCAGGCUUAUCCCUUAAUAACAUGGGACAAACCCUACUAUCCAUACAUUUUGAGCGGGACAAUUGCGACCAUUUUUUUGAUCAUUUGGCUUUCCAAUGCAACCAUUUUGACAACAUUUUCACUCAUUGGAUUGAUUGUGACAAUCGCUGAUUAUGUGGUUCCACUUAUCUCAACUCACUAUUUGGAACCUCGUUUCUGGCAAGAUUCGGAUGAAGAGAAAUACAAGAAAAUCGUAUAUCACAUUUCUCAAGGAAGUCAAACUAUUUCAUCUUUCAUUAACUAUCUAAAGGAUCUGAAAAGUUCAAACUCAAAGAUUUAUUUCCCAAUAUUGUUCAUCUCUUUAAGUUUCUCUGCAUGGAUUGGAAAUUUAGUCAACAAUUUACUUCUGACCUUUAUAAUGGUGAACUUUAUCGUUCUCCUGCCUGGUUUACGACAUCAUGGAUACAUAGACAAAGCCCAUGAACAAGUCAGGGGAAUCUUUGCCAAAGUACUUGGAGGAUCCAAAAAGAAAGACUAAAGAAAAACAAGAUGAAAGUAAAUCAAAGUUUAAGGAAAAACUUUCAACAAUUAAGCAUUUACAUUGGUAUUAAUAAGCUGAUCAUUAUUCAUUCAAUUGCAAGCACCAUGAAUACACCUACAUUUUGAUUCUCAAUUUGAAAAAAGCGGAAAACACAAAAAAAAAACGAAAUUACUUCAUAAUUGUAACAUUUAAUCAUCUCUUAGAUUUAGAUUUAUCUUCAUCACUCUGAACAAAUUACGAUCUCCCAAAAGAUGGAUGAUUAUUAUUAGUUUAUAAUCAACAUACUUUAAGCAAAAUUAUCUCAAUUAUCCAAAAAUUGCUAAACAAUUUAAAGUCAAAACAUUUUGUAAACAUUAAUCAUUUUACUUCAUCACCAAGACGAUUAAUUAUAUCGUCAUUUGAUACUCAGUCCAACAAUUAAGAGCCUGAUGGAGGAAUCGAAGAGAUUAAUUUAAUCACAACUUGGAAAUCCCUUCCAAUUGGAUGGUUCGUUCAUCGACAUUUUGAUGAGCUUCCACCAUAAGAAAACCCGAUCAUCAACAAUUUCUCUUCCUCAUCACUUGAAAUGAUUUAAUCACAUGGAAAAGCAAUUAAUUUCUUCUUCUAACUGUAUAUUAUAUUAAUAUUUUCUUUUCAUCAUCCCUGCGAGUUCAAUGAUUCCAUGGCGAAGAAGUGGAAGAAUAAGAAAUUCUAUUCUAAUGUAUCAUUUCUUUCUUUCUCUCUCUCUCAAUUGUUUCUACUAAUUUAACUAGAUCUUUUUCUUUCUUUUUUGUUACCCUGUAAAGGAAUUAAUUUACUCUAAGUACAUUAGCUCAUUUCGAGAAAAUCAAAAUUCUCUUUGAUUAGCUGCCAAAAUCUUCACGAAUCUUGACUUAUUCCCAAUUUUUUACCUUCUCAUUUUUUUCCUUUCGUUUUUUGCUCAUACACUUUAUAUAUACACUUGAUUCUUGUUCCAUCAUGAAGAUUAUAUAUAUUCACUUAUCGUCAUCAUAUUAUCAUCAUCUACACAGGGAGCACAUAAACACUACCUUAAUUAAAACCAUUUAAACUCAUUCAACGUUCACAAUUUAAAACCAUUGUCACUGCUACUUAAAAGUAACUUGUAAAGACAACAUUUUACAUUGAAUAAAAUUAUACCUUAUGCUUGGUAUUGGAAUUGAUUAAUUAA